GAAAAACAUGAAGUCGCGGAUAUGUAAAAUGAUGGAAGUAUAUCUCUGGUAGAGAAAUUUGGGCGUUUCUCAAACAGCAGCAACCAAUAUUUGGCCCUGCAUAUAUGAUGAAUAACAUGAGCAAUGAUAUGUUAUGAUAUCCUGCCAAAGAGAUGAUUGAGAGAUAAUAUAAAACAAUUUUGGAGAUGUUUAUGAAGGAGUUGGUUAAUAGGGAUAACAAUGAAAAUGGAGAUGGGUGGGCCUGAAAAUGUGGAAAAAGGCAAAAAUGUAGGGGGAGGAUAUUGUAGUAGGGAUUUCCCCCCUGAAGAUGACUGCUGCGCCAUUUGCUUCGAUGACUUCAACUUUCCAUCCAAGACUAGCUGUGGACACUGGUUUUGUUCCGGCUGUAUUCUGGAGCUAUGGAGAUACCGGCCGGAUUCUAAACAAUGCAAAUGCCCUAUAUGCGGAUGUUUGAUACUUAAUCUGGUUAUGCAGUCGUCAAUGCUGAUUCAGCCAGGAGAAGAAGUUGGUAAAAUAGUCCGCGACAUCCAACUAUACAAUAAUACGAACCUCGGGGGGUUCUCUGGCCUCUUAAUGAAAGCAGCAGGGCUGCCACUGCUAAUCAGGAGAGGCCUGUGGGAAAAUUUGAACAUAACCAUGUUGGAGUACUUAUGUAAUUCAAUGCAUAAAAUUGGUGUAAGUUCAUAUAAUUAUUGUGAUUUCAUUCAUAUGAUGAAUUUUGAUCGAAUGUUGGUUCGUAGCUGCUGUUGGGCGUCGUAUAUGAAGUUUUUGAGUUGCAAUUCUUCCCAAAUGGGGGGAUUGGGAUCGCGGUAUGGUUCGAUUUGUGCAUCUAUGGCUUGGUGGUGUUCAUUCUAUGGGAUUUUAUAUGGCAGAGAUGGAUGGUGGUCUUCAGACGAUUGCUUUGACAACACAUGUUGAUAUUGCUUUCGGUAUAAUCCGGCAAUAUUUUUGUUUUCUUUUUAUUUAAAAAAUUUAAGGAAAUGUUGUGUAUUUUAUGUUUUCUUGAUAUCUUUGCAUUGCUUACUGGAUAACCAAUUCAAGAAUAUACAAUGGUUAAUCUAAAAAACCAUGACA